CGCGGACCUAGAAAAGUACUUUAUCGUUCACUUCAGAUAAAAUUUCGAUUGUUCUAAAGCCAAUAUUGCCGCAAUUAUCAGUAACUGUUUAUAAUAAUUUAUGUUCUGUAGGUUCAUCUGAAAGAUGAAGUUAGUGUUAGGGACACUUUUGUAUAUUUUGUGCCUUAUCAGUGACGGACUUGCUCUUCCUGAAGGGCUGUUAUAUUUAUAUAAUGUGCCAGAAGCGAUACCUUUACCAAAAGGGGAUGAUAUUUCCAGUAGUGAAAUUAGGUUAAGGGAGCCUAUUGUAUUUUUUGGCGUAACCUAUGAGUCUAUUUUUGUAAAUUCAAAUGGACUCUUAUCGUUCCAAACGGAGAUCCCAAGAUUUAUAAACAUAGAAUUUCCACUAGAUUAUCCGAUCAUUGCACCUUUCUAUUCUAACGUGGAUACUACAUCGGUGGGAACUGUAUCCUACUACGAAACAGAAAACCCAGGAUUAAUACAGAGGGCCACGGAAAAUGUCCAUGAUUCAUUCCUGAACUUUUCUGACUACCAAGCUACUAGUUUACUCAUAGUUACAUGGCAAGGUGUUGGUUACUUCAACAAUGGAUCCGAUAAGGUAAAUACGUACCAAGUUGUCAUUUCCACAGAUGGUGAGCAGUCGUACGUCGAAUUCUUAUACCCUGAAAAUGGGAUUCAAUGGAUUCAGGGCACAGGGGAUGAAUCAGGUUUACCAGAUGCCCGAGCUCAAGCGGGGAUCAUUUCUCCCGAAGGAAAAGUGUUUUCACUACCUGGAUCCGGAACCGAACAAGUGAAAAAUUUAAAAGAAUGGACAAAUAUGGGAUUGGAAGGUCAGUUUAUCUAUAGGAUCGAUCAAUUGGAAAUUGUUGAACCUGAUGUCGAUUUCGGUGGUAAAUCUGAUGAAGACGACAACACUUGUACCAGCGCUAAAACUUUGUGCCAUAUCCAAGCAAGGUGUAUAGACUACGACGAAGGAUUUUGUUGUGAAUGUAAUCCAAAGUACUAUGGAAACGGAAGACAUUGUAUUAAAAAAGAUGUACCUUUACGAGUUAAUGGAAAAAUCUACGGCAAAAUCAAUGGCGAAAAAUUGGAUGGUUUAGACUUGCAAUCUUAUGUGGUGAUGUCUGAUGGAAGAGCAUAUACUGCUAUAUCAAAAGUACCCGAAUCUAUCGGAUUUGACAUUCAGUCAAUGCAGAUCUUAGGAGGAACCGUAGGAUAUUUGUUUGCAAAACCUAUUAGGACUGCACUAAAUGGGUAUCAAAUUACAGGAGGAGUUUUUAACCAUUCUGCUACAGUAACUUUUCUAAAUACUAGUCAGACGGUACGACUAAAACAAAAAUACCUUGGUCUAGACGUUUUUGAUCAACUAAGGCUUGAAGCUGAUAUUCAAGGAGAUAUACCUUUACUUCCAGAUGAAUCACGAGUUUCUAUCGAUGAAUACCAGGAAGAAUACACCCGUACAGCCCCUGGAGUGAUUCAAAUGACAUCUCAGAGAGUGCUUCGCGUUUUAAAUCCCAAAGGCGACGAAACGGUGCAGUACUACACGGUGGACCAAAAUUUUGUAUUUGAUUAUUGUAAAUUCGCAAAUAUAAGUGUAGGAGAUACGUGGAAGUUAAAAGUUGGGAAAAACUUCAUCAGCUAUGAAAGUAGAGAACAAAUUAUUCGAUUUGGAUUAAGUAAUAAGAUUACACCCUUAGGAGAUUUUGAUCCGUGCGAAGAAGGUCGUUCCCAAUGUAGCCAAAACAGCGCUUGCGUAGUAGACAACGACUCAUUCAGAUGUGUCUGCAACCCAGGAUACCAAAGCUUCUUCGAUGGAAACACAACUACAUGUUCCGAUAUCAAUGAAUGUCAAACUGGUCAACAUGAGUGUGAUUACAACGCUCAGUGUAUAAAUUUAGUAGGAAGCUACGCAUGUCAAUGCAAUCCUGGCUUUGAAGGCAGUGGACACAUAUGCGACAAUGCCAGAAGUUGUCAAAAUGUUACCUGUAAUGAAAAUGCUGAAUGUAUUGAAAGUAACGGAAUAGCAUCUUGUCGUUGUAUGGCUGGUUUUAGAGGUGAUGGUCAAUAUUGUAAUCCUAUUCCAGACCACAGCUGUCACAUAGCAAAUAACUGUUCUCCAUUUGCUUACUGCGCUAUAAACCGAGAAACCAACCAAUACUCUUGCGCCUGUCUCCCAGGUUACCUGGGCGAUGGAUACAGAUGCUUAGAAAUUGAAACAACUACACCAGAACCAACUACUACAGAAACGGUUGAAUAUACUGAACCAGGAAAUCAGGAGAUUUUACAAACAUGUAAUUCCGAUGGUUGUUAUUGUCCUUCUGGUUAUGUAAUAGAAACUGGUACGCCUUAUUGCGUUUUAGAAACUACAACUUUACCAACUACUGUUCCGCAUCCAACUGAAAGAUUACCAGGUUCUUGCAGUGUUGUUAACAAUUGCCACGCAAACGCCUCAUGUCUCUACUCAGAUAUCCUUCGUGAUUAUGAAUGUAUAUGUAACGAAGGUUUCGAAGGAAAUGGAUACUCGUGUGAGCCAGAAGUAAUUUCCUGCACUAUUGUUGAUAACUGCGAUCCUCAGGCUACCUGUGCGUACGACGAAACUUUGGGUAAAUCGAAAUGUAUAUGUAAUCCUGGAUAUGUGGGAGAUGGAUACUAUUGUACUAUCAGUGUUGGAUGUACCUCUAAUCAAGAUUGUACGGUUACAGAAGAAUGUGUCAUAACACCUUCACAGAAAUAUGAGUGCAUAUGUAGGGAAGGUUACACCCGUGAUACCCAGAACCAAUGCGUGCUCAUCGCAGGGUCCUGCGGUGGUGGUACAUGCGUCGAUAAUGCCGAAUGCAUAUAUGAUGAAGAAUACGAAACAUUCUACUGUCAUUGUAAAAAUGGAUUCAUUGGAGAUGGAAUUACUGAAUGUAAGAAAAAGGUCAUCGGUUGCGACACCCUUAACAACUGUGGAGAACACGCUACCUGCAAAUAUGUAGAAGAAGAAUUAGCUUAUAAGUGUUUCUGUAAAGACGGGUUCUUUGGUAACGGAUUUGACUGUUAUGCCGAAAGAAACUGCCAUAUAGAUCCAACCAUGUGCCAUCAGCAAGCUGUAUGUCUUACAGACGCAAGCCGACGAUUCUUGUGUCAGUGCAAACCUGGCUAUGUUGGUAACGGUACCAUGUGUAAAGCAAUAUCUAAACAUGAAGGCAACUAUCUUCUCCUUAAUCAAGGAAUGGCUACUUUACAAAUUCCCCUUGAUAGAACUAGAAACAAGGUGAAAAAGCCUGUUCAAGUCAAGGCUUAUCAAACUGCGGUAGGUCUAGACGUGGAUUGUCUCGAAGGAAGAAUUUAUUGGAGUGAUAUCAGUGGAAGGGCUAUCAGUAGCUCAGCUUUAGAUGGUACUGAUAAAGAACAUUUUAUUGUCAAUGAUAUAGGAUCACCUGAAGGUCUAGCUAUAGACUGGGUAGCCCGUAAUGUUUACUGGACUGAUUCAACGUUAGACACGAUAGAAGUAGCGAACAUAGAAUCAAAAUUACGCCGAACCCUUUUCAACACUGGCUUAGUAAACCCCAGAGGAAUAGCCGUUCACCCCCAAAGAGGUAAGAUUUUCUGGACAGACUGGAACCGCAAGGAUCCAAAAAUCGAAUGGUCCAACGCUGACGGCUCCGAUAGAAGAAUUUUCUUGCAAGGUUCGGAUGUGUCCCUUCCCAAUUCUUUAACUAUCGACUUCGAAACAGAACAGUUAUGCUAUGCGGAUGCUGGUACAAAGAAGAUUGAAUGUGUUAAUAUUGAUAGUAAGCAGAAACAGACUAUAGCCAGUAACUGCACUUAUCCAUUUGGUAUUACCACUACAGAUAAGGAGAUAUUUUGGUCAGACUGGAUCACGAAAAAAAUUGAAAGAGUAGAAAAAUACAACUUAAAGAGGCUUCCACCCCUACCUGUCCCACUAGGAGGCACCGGAAACAGGCUAUUUGCACUGGUAGCUGUAGCAAACAAGUGUCCAUCUUUAACCAACGUCUGCGAGUACUACAAGAAUCAAUGUCCCAAAGAUCACAUCUGUCUUCCAAAUGGCUUAGGUGGCAAACAGUGUCUGUGUGGCAAAGAUUCACAAAAUAACGAUGUUACACCAAGUUGUAAUUUAUAGAUAAAUUGCGUAAACCGAAAUAAUUCUAGAGGUGUAAGCACAAGAAUUGAACAAUGUUCAAUGAAUCGUCAUUUCCUGUAUUGUUCUUGUAGUUCUCUCCAAAGAUUAUUAGUUUCAUAUUAUCCCGACUACAAUAUUAAGAAAUAUUCUAGUUGUUAUUGUUCAAAAAUUAUUGCUUGUGCCAUCGACUAAAAAUUAUUUCGAAAUAAAUAAGUGUUAGACUGAGUGUUUAAUUAGGAACGGUACAAAAUGUAAAAUAAAACUAAUUUUUUCUAAAAAAUAGAA